GCGGCGCGCUCCCCGCGCUCGCUCCGCGCUCGCCGCCCUGUAACUUCUGUUCUGGGAAGUGGUGCCAGGAAUAGCCCGGCGGAGCCGCCUGCAGCGCGGAGCGCUCCCUCCCGCCGCGGCCAGGGCGGGCUGCGGCUCCCGGGCCUCCGCCUCUCCCCCGUGCAACACCAGCCCCUCUGCCACUGUCAGGGAGAUGGUGAUGAGCCUUUCCAAAAAGAGGGAGAGGAAUGACCUGCCUUAAGAUAAACGCGUGAAGCGGGCGCCCCUUGGCCGCUGGAAUAUCUCUGUCUGUCUUUAUAUAUAAAGAAGCGCCGCGAGCCGCCUCACUCCGGGCGAGCCCUUAGCAAAGGAGCAACACGAGCGCCCGGCGGGAUCAGCAGCAGCAGCAACAACAACAACAAGGGCACCGGGAGGGCUUCCCUCCUUCCUCCUCGGUGAUUUCCCAGGUGGGACCCUCUUCUGACAUGUGAUCUACCCUGAGCUACUUUGACUCCUACGAUGACAAUGUUAUCACUGCCGCAUCUCUGGGAACCAGUUAUUCACAAGUACACGGACUGUCUACUUAAGAAGCUGAGAGUGAGUUAGGAACAUUGAUGAAGCCUCUGUGCUGUGAGCUGUCAGCUUCUCCUCACCUGGAUGACUAAAUGGGAGCAGAGUGCUGGGCCAUGAACUGAAGGUGGAAGAGAGAGAAAACAGCCACAUUUGCUGGAGUGGUGAACCAAAUUGCUUUGACUGGAACCAUUACUCACUUGCACCUUUGAUGGGAGCAGCCAGGGAAUUUGAAGAUAGUCAUGCCUAUUAGAUGUUUAGAAGAUGCAGAUGGCUGUGUCACCAUGGAAGAGAUGAAGAGAACUUUGCUCUAGGAGAUCACAAUCUCUGGAUCAUUCUGCAUCUCAGUAUUUAAUAACAAUGGAACAUGUCCAAAUGCUAAAACAAGUCUUUGCAAAUGUAUAAUAAACUGUUUAGGAAAGUUCAUGCCAUGAACAGAACUGUGUAAUACUCUCAUUAGUGUGCAGACACAAAUCUAAUGCCUAUAGACUACUGCGUGGAAAGUUCCAAAGAGAAAGAAAAGUCUGUGAACUCGCAAAACUUGCAACAGCCCUGGAAAAAUGGGAGCAACAAGACUUUGAAAAGCACAGCUUUGGGCACACUCCAUGUGUCUGCACAGCUUUCAAGUGAACUAGCACUUAAGACCUUGUGUAACAAAAUGGACUCUGGGGACACAGCUAUAGGGCAAAAAGCUACCUCAAGGUCUGGAGAAACUGCUAAAGUACCAAGUAGAUGGAGGCAAGAACAUUCAGCUGUUAUUAAGAUGAGCACUUUCGGCAGUCAAGAAGUACAGCGGCAACCACAAAUAGAUCACGAGCAAGUAGGAAACACGGCAUCAGCACAACUUUUUAGUUCUGGGAAACUGGUAUCAUCAAAUGAAGCUGCACAGCAAGUCACAGAGAAGCAAUAUCCACAGCAUCGUCCAAGCCCUUACUCAUGUCAACAUUCACUUUCCUUUCCACAGCAUUCGUUGCCACAAGGCUUCUUGCACAACAUAAAGCCACAUCAGAGCUUGGAAGGCCCUCCAUGGCAGUUUCCUAGCCACUUGCAAUCAGUUGCCUCAGAGGACUUGUUUCCUUUUCAUAUGCAUAGCCAUAGUGGAGGUUUCUCCAGGAAGAAGAUUUCAAGUUUGAACCCUGCAUACAGCCAAUAUUCACAGAAAUCUCUAGAACAAUCAGAAGAUGCUCACAAAAAAGAGCACAAACCCAAAAAGCCUGGCAAGUACAUUUGUCCUUACUGUAAUCGGGCCUGUGCCAAACCUAGCGUACUUAAAAAGCAUAUUAGAUCUCACACUGGUGAGCGACCGUACCCUUGUGUCCCUUGUGGUUUCUCCUUCAAGACGAAAAGCAACCUCUACAAACACAGGAAGUCACACGCCCAUGCAAUUAAGGCAGGGUUGGUACCUUUCACAGAGUCAGCAGUCUCUAAAUUGGACCUCGAUGCCAGUUACAUCGAUGUGGAAGCUGAAAUUCAUUCAGAUGGAGAGCAGAGCACAGACACGGAUGAGGAGACCUCACUCCUGGUGGAAGGGUCUGACAAACUGAGCCCUGUCUCACAGCUCCCACUGGACAUUGCUAGCAGGAGUGGCUUUCACUCCUCCAUGGAGGAGUCCUUGGUGGGGCCGAUGAAAGUCCCCAUUUUGAUUAUCCCUAAAAGUGGGAUUCAGUUACCCAGUGAGAGUUCACCAUAUAUUAGCUCUGAUAUGUUGCAAACCCCAUCCUUAAGUACCAAGUCUGAUGACUCUCAUACAGUUAAACAGCGACUUGCACUAAGACUGUCAGAGAAAAAAGGACAAGAUUCUGAGCAGUCAUUAAACCUCCUGAGCCCACACAGUAAGGGAAGCACUGACUCUGGCUAUUUUUCCCGCUCAGAAAGCGCUGAGCAGCAAAUUAGCCCACCAAAUACUAAUGCAAAGUCUUACGAAGAAAUAAUUUUUGGGAAGUUCUAUAGGAUUAAUCAAAGAACAGCACUAACUGUAGCCACAACAAAUCAGGAACACAGUUUAAUGGGCAGAAAGGGCAAAACAGACCCAUCACCUCUUUUAAAUAACAGAUUAGAUAUCAAGAUGCUUGAGGAACAUGUUUCUCACCUGACUCCAAAUAAAGAGGAACUCAUUGACUCCAACAAUUUGAGCACUAUUAAAUCUACACAAGUUUAUCCAGGCAGCAAUACAGAAUGUAGACAAUCCCAGACCACAUCAUCCAUCAAAAGUGAAUCCAGCUUGUACCAAGUCAGUCAGCAGGGUGAUGUGCCUGUCCUCCUAGAGCCCCCAGUAGAUUCUUCUCCUCUUAUUAGAAGUAACUCCAUGCCAACCUCUUCUGCAAACAACCUAAGUAUUCCCCCUUCUCUGAGAGGAAGCCAUUCAUUUGAUGAGAAGAUGUCUGGCUCUGAUGACGUAUUUUAUCCCGGGACAGUGGGAAUAUCCCACCAAAGAAUGUUGAGAAGGCAGGCUGCCUUUGAACUGCCAUCUGUACAGGAGGGACACUCGGAUUCAGAUUAUCAUGGAAGACAAGGGAAAAAUAUUAUUAUUGCUUCGAGCAGACAGACAGCAGGUGACAAAGGACCAUCCUUAAAAGAGAAGAAAGGAGACAAGACCUUUUAUGACUAUGAUGCCAGUGGAAAGCACUACAGAAAGUGGGAAGAAUUUGAAGCUCAGAAGCAGAACUACAGGGACUCACCAUCCUUAAGUGGGAUGAACAAAGGGGGAGAGUUUUUUAUUGAUGCACUUGGACAAUCUCAGUCAGUGCCAUCCAUGCUUGGAACAACUUUUGAAAACAGAAAGCGCAGGAAAGAGGAGAGUGUUGGAGAUGAGGAAGACAGUCCUAUGAUUUGCAGCAGUACAACUGGCACCCCUGGGGGAAUUCAACCUUUGGACUUUGAUCCCAAAUCCCAAAUUCAGGAAGUGCCAAGAAGCGGAUUUGCCCUUCAAGGCCUGGAAAAUGCUCCCCAUUGCCAUGCGGAACGUUUUGAAAUGUGCAGGCCUUACUUGCAGUCUGGAAGUCCAGCAGCUUCUUUGGAAGACUCAUCCCUUACUGCAGAGCAAGAAAAGACUGCAGAAUCACUGGUUAGAAAGCCCCCCGGAAAUGUCAUCUCUGUCAUUCAGCACACAAACUCAUUGAGUCGGCCAAACUCCUUUGAAAGGUCUGAAUCUACAGAACAUGUUGCAUGCCAGCAGGAAAAGAUGUAUUCACCAUCUGAAACAGGCGAGAGUGAGAUUUGUGAGUCCCCGAUGAGCCCAGACCGAGCUCCACAAAUGGAAAAUGCUGACACCAGUAAGCCGUCCCCGUCCCAGCAGCCUCAGCCGUGUCAUAUCCAGCCCAGGUUGGUUCGCCAGCACAACAUACAGGUACCUGAAAUUCGUGUCACGGAGGAGCCAGAUAAGCCUGAAAAAGAUAAAGAAGUGCAGAGUAAAGAGCAGGAGAGACCCACUGAAGAAUUCCAAUGGCCCCAGAGAAGUGAAACCCUUUCUCAACUUCCAGCUGAAAAGCUGCCACCCAAAAAGAAGCGUUUAAGACUGGCUGACAUGGAGCACUCCUCUGGGGAAUCCAGCUUUGAGUCUACUGGUACAAGUCUCUCUCGCAGCCCUAGCCAAGAAAGUAAUUUGUCCCACAGUUCAAGUUUUUCAAUGUCCUUUGAAAGAGAAGAGAAUAUGAAGUUCAUCACACCUUCCAAACAAGAUGAAUUUGGAAAACAGUCCGAGUUUUUAACAGUUCCAGCAGGUGCUUACUCACUUUCCGUCCCUGGGCAUCACCAUCAGAGGGAAAUGAGACGCUGCUCAUCUGAACAGAUGCCCUGUCCUCAUGCUGCUGAAAUCCCAGAGAUCCGAAGUAAAUCCUUUGAUUAUGGGAACCUGUCUCACGCCUCUUCAGCUGGAACACCUACUGUGGCAUUGUCUCCAUCCCGAGAAAGGAAGAAAUGCUUCUUGGUUCGCCAGGCUUCCUUCAGUGGUUUUCCAGAGAUUUCUCAGACUGAUCAGAGCACAGAACAAAGUAUAAAGCAGGAGCAGAUGGAACAUUCACAGAUUGGUCUUCGCUCUUCCCAGCUUGUCUGGCAUCACUCCCCUUCCUCUGUACUUCAGCCCAUUCAGGUGGAUGACUCUGGAAAACAGGCUAUUGGCUCUUGUGCUCAGCUUAGUAAUAGCUCAUCCCACCUUGCCCAGCAACAGGCUCUUGUUGCAGACAGCCCGGAAAUGUUAAGGACUCCCUUAAUCCAACAAGCACCUUAUAUUCCUAACAAACAUCCAUCAGAGCAGCAGCAGCUAUUUGCACAUCAGGAAAAAGUCCCAUUUCCCCCUAUUCAUAGCACCUUGUUUCAGUUCUCCUAUCCAGCUGUCUGCAUGGUUCACUUACCACCAUCUCAGCAGCCUAUCUUGUGGCAGUCCUGCACAGAACCUCUGCACUUCCAGCAUCCAUUUGUACAACAGCUGCAGAAAUCUUAUGUCAAACAGGCUUUCCAAAUAGACGUACCUCCAAGUUAUCACCUGGAACACGCACCUGAGCUUAUUGGAAAGAAAGCAGCUGAUUAUGUGCAUGCUAAAGAGCAAGCAUACCAGCAUUACUCAGGAACAUCUGGAUCGUAUUCAAAAAAUACUCUUGCUAAGUACCAGUCAGACCAUAGCAUUAAACCAACAGAUACCUCCUCUGAGCAGCAUCUUCAGACAGAUUUUGACUCCCCAAGUGAUGGAUCUGUACAGUCUUUGCCAGGAACAGUUGUUCCCGUCAGGAUACAAACCCACGUGCCAUCUUAUGGUAGUGUCAUGUACACAAGCAUUUCCCAGAUCCUUGGACAGAGCAACAGUCCUGCAAUUGUAAUCUGUAAAGUUGAUGAGACAGUUUCUCAAAGAACCUUGGCAACUAAUGCAACCAUGCAAGGAAUUGGAUUUAACAUAGCUCAGAUGUUGGGUCAUCAUGGAGGACUAGAAAAAUAUCCCUUGUGGAAAGUGCCGCAGACACUUCCGCUUGGACUGGAGCCACCAAUUCCCUUGUGUUUGCCUUCCACUUCUGAUAUGGCUUCUACCUUGGGAGGAAGCAAACGAAUGCUUUCCCCUGCCAGCAGCUUGGACCUCUUCAUGGAGACCAAGCAGCAGAAACGAGUCAAAGAAGAAAAAAUGUAUGGGCAGAUAGUUGAGGAACUAAGUGCAGUUGAGUUGACUAACUCAGAUAUAAAGAAAGAUUUUCCAAGAAUGCAGAAGCCUCAACUAGUAAGGCAGAGCUGUGCUACUGAGCCAAAAGAAAGUCUGCCAUCCAUGUCAUCCUCUUCAUCGCUGUCAUCCUCAACAUCUCAAGAUUUCCCACCUGUCAGCAUGGCGGGAGCUGAUGCAUUCCCACUGAGCAGAGAGAAACUUUCCAGUUUUGAUUCCACAUCCCCGGGACAGAAGUCCAGUGGCCCAUCUGAAGGAAGAGACUCACCAGAAGAGUUGGAUGUGGAUGAAACAGCCUCAGAUAUGAGCAUGAGUCCACAGAGGUCUUCAUUGCCACCUGGAGAAAUUCAGGCAGAAGACCAGCUGAAACAUCAAAAAUUACCUCUUGGGAUGUUAGUCCAGAUGUCAUCUAAUACUGUUGGGAAAGUCACAGCUUCAACCAUCCUCCUGACAGACGUAGCAGAUUUUCAACACAUCCUUCAGUUCCCAAGUCUGCGUACUACGACUACUGUGAGCUGGUGUUUCUUAAACUAUACAAAACCCAAUUACACUCAGCAACCAACCCUCAAAGCUUCUGUUUAUGCUUCGUGGUGUAUAAGUUCAUGUAACCCAAACCCAUCUGGGCUAAGUACAAAGACCACUUUAGCACUUUUAAGGUCCAAGCAAAAAAACACCACAGAAAUCUACACCCUGGCUGCUAUGCACAGACCUGGAGCUGGUAAACUGACAUCAUCAAGUGCAUGGAAGCAGUUUGCUCAGAUGAAACACGAGCCAUUCUUCUUGUUUGGCAGCAAGCUUGAAAAGAAAGUAGUGGGGAAUAUUAUAAAAGAAAGAGUAAAAGGAGACAUUCAUGGAGAUAAAGACAUUACAUCCAAACAAACUGAGCCGAUACGAAUUAAAAUCUUUGAAGGAGGGUAUAAAUCAAAUGAGGAUUAUGUCUAUGUCAGAGGUCGUGGCCGAGGAAAGUACAUUUGUGAAGAAUGUGGCAUUCGCUGUAAAAAGCCAAGCAUGCUCAAAAAACAUAUCCGCACUCACACUGAUGUCCGGCCUUAUGUAUGCAAGCUGUGCAAUUUUGCCUUCAAAACUAAAGGAAAUCUGACAAAACAUAUGAAGUCUAAAGCACACAUGAAAAAAUGCUUGGAGCUUGGAGUAUCAAUGACAUCUGUAGAUGAUGCUGAAACUGAAGAAGCAGAAAAUAUGGAGGACAUGCAGCAGGAAGCAGAGAAGAGCAGCAGCCUGGCAGGGCUGUCAGCAGAGCACCAGUUUUCUGAUGCGGAGGAAUCGGAUGGCGAGGACGGCGACGACAAUGAUGAUGAUGAUGAAGAUGAGGAUGAUUUUGAUGAUACUCAGGGAGACUCGACACCAAAAACCAGAUCAAGAAGCACCAGCCCGCAGCCCCCUCGGUUCUCCUCCCUGUCAGUGAACUCGGCUGGGGCAUCGCAGGGGGCUUCCCCAGAGGGCUCCCUUUCUGUGGGACACUCUUCCCUCAUCAGUUACUUGGUCACCUUACCUAGCAUUCAGGUUACUCAGCUUAUAACACCAAGCGACUCCUGUGACGACACACAAAUGACAGAAUAUCAGAGGUUUUUCCAGAGUAAGAGUACGGAUUCAGAGCCCGAUAAAGACAGAUUGGACAUACCCAGCAGCAUGGAUGAGGAUUGCACACUUUCGUUAGAUCCCAGUUCUUCUCCAAGGGACCUCUCACCUUCCAGUCGACAAUCGUCACCUGGCUACGAUUCUUCACCCUACAGAGAUAACUCACCAAAGAGGUAUUUGAUGCCAAAAGGGGAUUUGUCACCCAGAAGACAUCUGUCACCCCGACGGGAUAUUUCACCCAUGAGGCACCUUUCCCCACGGAAGGAGGCUGUGCUGAGGAGAGAGUUAUCACCGAGACGGGACGUGUCCCCAAGGCGUCACCUAUCGCCAAGGAGACCAAUGUCACCAGGGAAAGAUGCGUCUGUUCGAAGAGAUUUGUCUCCCAGGCGAGAGAGGCGAUAUAUGGCCUCCGUUAGAGCGGCAUCUCCCCGGAGGGGCUUGUACCAUAACCCAGCAUUGUCCAUGGGUCAAUAUUUACAGUCUGAAUCUAUUCCAGUGGGACAUUCAAGGAGGGGGUUGUCUCAGGCACCUUAUUUCAACAUAUAUGGAGAAAAAGGAGGCAUGGAGCACCGCAGGUCUAGCCUGUUCCCUGAAGGUCCGAGCGACUACGUCUUCAGUCAUCUUCCACUACACUCCCAGCAACAGAUCCGAGCACCUAUCCCCAUGAUGCCCAUUGGGGGGAUCCAGAUGGUCCAUUCAGUCCCCGUGGCCCUUUCAGGUUUACAUUCUCCGUCCACUCUGGCCCUGCAGAGGGAGGUCUCUGAGGAGAAGCAGAGAGGAUCUGCGGAAGCCCUCACGAAAGAGCCGCACAGCAUUUCUAAGCCCCACGAGAAGCGUACCUCUCCGCACAGCUUGCACCCCGCCGCUCCCCCCAGCGCCCCCUCCUCGCCGCUGCUGUUGCUGGCUCAGAGCACAUCCGAGGACAGUGUGGUGGCUACCGAGAGGGAGCAGGAGGAGAACAUACAGACUUGUACAAAAGCCAUAGCCUCUCUGCGAAUCGCCACAGAAGAAGCCGUUCUGCACGGGGCGGAGCAGCUGCAGAGGCCUUCUGAGCCUCACCAGAAACCCUUAGAAAGUGCACAUUUUAGCAUUAAACACUUUAGUGGAUCUGAGCCGGGCCAGCCCUGUGCCUCAGCCACCCAUCCUGACUUGCACGGUGGUGAACAGGACAGUUUUGGUACAUCACAGACUGCGCCAGCCCAUCCCACCUUUUACAGCAAGAGCUUUGUGGAUGUCCAGCAGCUGGGCUUUCACAGCAGGAGCGAGCCCCCAUCAAGCACACAGGAAAGGAAAGAUCCGUCAUCUGAGAAGAGCAAGCCGCAUUGAUCUGAGAUGCAUGGAGACUUUCACCCCAUACAUUUACCCCUCUUUUUUUUUUUUUCUAGAGAUAGAAAAAGUAUUCAAAUUUACAGCAUGCCCGUUCUAAGUUACAGUAGUUUGCUAUUAUAUAUACUUUUGUUAUAUCAAAAGAAUUAGAUAAAGUAACAAGUCAUCAUGAGCCUGACCAAAACUAAAUUUGAAAUUCUUAUUGGGUCUGGUACUUUUAAAUUGUACAGAUGUUUGUGCCUUUUCUUUACUUUGCUUAUAUUCUUAUAAGCAUUUUUUUAGCAGUAAUUUGUACAUAUUUUAGAAUUUGUGUAUCUGCUUUGUAAUAAAUGUAAUUUCUUUCCUUUUUUGGACACUUGGAUCUAAAUGAUGUAAAACAGAACAGCAUCAAUAUAUGUGAGGUUGCACUAAAACAUAUUUUUAUAUGAUUAAAACUGAACAGCUUUUAUGUACAGCUCUGAUUCUGUAAUACUAAUAUUUAUUUACUUUGUUUCAUAAAUUGUAAAUUUUUUUCUUAAUGUUGUGGAUUGCUUUUCUAUGUGAAGCAUGGGAUUUACUGUUGCGUAAUUAGAACAAAAUGUAUAUUGUAAAACAAGAUAUUUAAACUAGAGUAUCUUAUAUUAUUCUGCACUUAUGCAUUAGUUAAAAAAAAAAAAGAUAAAAGAUGUAUCAGUCAGUUCUUAACUCUUGUAAUUUUUUUUGUCUCUUGUUUGCCGGAUUGACUAUAACUUAAGUGCUGAUUGUGAUUUUAAACUGAUAGUACCGUAAAGCAUUAAAGUAAAACAAUGUGCUAUUGUGAGUUUUUUCAAAGCUUUAUAAAACAGUUAUAAAUAUAUUAAAAGUAUUUGGUCUUAUGUGAACAUGUUGAUCUAUAUACUCCUUAAAAAGCUAUGGGAAAACAUUCCACCCCAUGUAAAUAUGUGCAUCACUGGUGCCAUCUGUGUAGCUCACCGGGACCAGCAGGGUUUGCUAUGCUGGGGCUUCCAGGAGCGGGACCGGGGCACUGCUGGCUGCCAGAGGGCAGAGCCCAGCAGCAUCCUGACCCACUCCCUGGCCUCCAGCAGCAGGGUGGCAAGGCCCCUACGGCCGCUUGGGGCUGGGCGAGGAGCUGGCCUGCUGGCUGGACACACGGCGCCCUGCCGAGCCUGGCAGUCCCCUGCUCCUGAGGGCUGACCGAGGGCAUAGGUGUCAUGGAGCAGUGCCCUGGAGUGUCAGAGAGGGGUUUGGAGAGGAGAAAAAGGCGUUUCCUUGCACUUGAACUCCACAGCUGGCCACUCCCUACUGCAAUACCUGUGCCAGCUUCGGGGGAGGCUCCCGUUCUGUCCUAUUCCGUCCUGUCCUAUGGAUGGAGGUGUGUGGCCCUGCCGGCAAGGCAGAGAGCACCGCCACCCCGGCCUCUUCUGAAAUGGGUUUCAUGGGCAAGAAAGUCACAGUCUUCCAGUGUAGGGUCUCCACCUGGGCAAGGUUUGCUCCAGAGGGAAGGGAGGAGGAGCCCGGGCUUGUGUUUGAACAUGUGUGGUGGGUUACCACUACCACCAGCAGCAUGCGUGCCUGCACGCACGCACACACACACACACUCAAACACACGCAUGCACACACACAGAUGAGAGAAACCAACGACCUGGAUUAUAUUUUGUGCUAUUUAGUGGAUUAUAAAUCUGUGAAAACAAGUUUGUAUAUUGAAAAUACAUCUAAGGAGUGUUCUUUAAAAAGAAAUAAAUAUACAGUUACAUGCA